AUGACUGUUGCUGAUGUUGGACUUAUUGGAUUGGCCGUGAUGGGUCAAAACUUGAUUUUAAACAUGAACGAUCACGGCUUUGUUGUCUGUGCCUAUAACCGCACAACUUCCAAGGUGGAUCACUUCUUAGAAAACGAAGCCAAAGGCACAAAGGUCGUCGGUGCUCAUUCUGUCGAGGAAUUCUGUUCAAAGCUGAAACGACCUCGUAAAAUCAUUUUACUUGUCAAGGCUGGUUCAGCUGUCGAUAACUUCAUUGAACAACUGUUACCUCAUUUGGAACAAGGUGACAUCGUGAUUGAUGGUGGCAACUCACAUUUCCCAGACUCGAUUCGUCGCUGCAAAGAAUUGGAAGACAAGGGUAUUCUCUUUGUUGGCUCAGGUGUUUCAGGUGGUGAAGAAGGCGCACGUUACGGCCCUUCCUUGAUGCCUGGUGGUAACCCCAAGGCAUGGGAGCACAUCAAGCCUAUCUUUCAAGCGAUUGCUGCCAAGGCACCUGAUGGUGCUCCUUGUUGCGAUUGGGUAGGUGAAUCAGGUGCUGGACAUUAUGUCAAGAUGGUUCACAAUGGCAUAGAAUACGGUGAUAUGCAGCUGAUCACUGAAGUCUAUCACAUUAUGAAAGAAGUGCUCCACUUGACAGAAGACGAAAUGGCCGACGUAUUUGAAACAUGGAACAAGGGUGAUCUUGACUCAUUCUUGAUCGAAAUCACACGCGACAUCCUUCGUUACAAAGAUCAAGACGGCAAAGCUCUGGUCGAGAAGAUUCGCGACACUGCUGGCCAAAAGGGAACAGGCAAAUGGACUGGCAUCGACUCUCUGGACCGUGGCAUCCCUGUGACAUUAAUUGGUGAAGCUGUGUAUGCACGAUGUCUAUCCUCUCUCAAGGACGAACGCGUGCGAGCAAGCAAGAUCCUAAAGGGCCCCACCCAAGGUCAAUUUACAGGCGACAAAAAGAAGUUGCUUGAUGCCCUUGGUCAAGCACUGUACGCGUCCAAGAUUGUGUCUUAUGCUCAAGGAUUUAUGCUCAUGCGUCAAGCGGGCGCCGACUAUGGAUGGAACCUCAAUUUUGCAGGCAUUGCUCUCAUGUGGCGUGGAGGUUGUAUCAUUCGAUCAGUCUUUUUAGGCAAAAUCAAGGAUGCCUUCACCAACAAUCCACGUCUGGAAAAUCUCUUGUUUGAUCCUUUCUUCCAAGAGGCUACUGCCAAGGCUCAAGAUGCCUGGCGUCAGGUCAUCGCAACUGCUGUUCAAGCCGGUAUUCCUACGCCCGCUCUCUCAACCGCACUUAACUUUUACGACGGUCUCCGUCAUGAGAAGCUGCCUGCUAACCUCAUCCAAGCUCAACGUGAUUAUUUUGGUGCUCACACCUAUGAAUUGCUCGAUAACCCCGGUACCUACGUUCAUACCAACUGGACUGGAAAAGGUGGCUCUGUCUCGGCCUCAAGUUACAAUGCCUAA